AUGGCAGAUCAACCUACAAUUAAUCGCAAACACCUCUCCGCCCACCUCCUCCACGCCCUAACAACAAUCUCCCUCCUCGUCUCACUCUCCUCCCUAACCCCCUUCCUCCUCCGCACCCUCCUCAACCCGCCCACGCCACCCCAUUUAAUCGGGACGAGAGCUGGUGAUUUGGGAUUCGUGGAUGAGUGUGUUAGUCUCGUGGCGGCUUUGGGGUGGGGUGUGGUGAGUGAUCGGGUUGGUGUGAGGGUUGUUGUUGGUGUGGGAUUCGUGUUGGUGGGGGUAGCAUUUUUGGGGAUGGGGGUGGCAAUGCGGGAAGUUUGGCAGGCGUUUCUGUGGAGGGUUGUGUUCGCACUGGGUGGUUCCGCUUGUGUCGCGAUGAUCACCGCACUCCUCGCACAGCUCUCGCCCACAUUACACACCAAACAGCGACACGGACGACAAGCGGGCUUCAUCGGUUUCGCAUCCGGUAUAGGCGCCCUAAUGGCCGUAUUCAUAUUCCUCCCACUCCCCGCACUCCUCGAAACCCGAACAAGCCUCGAUGCUGCCGGCGCACUCCGCACAACAUUCCAAAUCCUCGCAGCCUAUGCCGUCCUCUUAGGAGCGCUCAUCGUCAUCCUUCUCCCCCCGUCCCCAAACACGGCUACCCCCAGACUCCCACUCCCCUCCCACCUCUCCUCUGCCCUCCUCCUCCCACUCCAUUCCCGCCCCAUCGCGUUGGGCUACCUCUCCUCCGCCCUCGCGCGGGCCUCAUCGGUCCUGUUGUCGCUCUUUAUUCCCUUGUGGGCGAAUCGUGUAGCGGGCGAGGGUCGAGAGGGGUAUAAACUCGCGGCGGAGUUGAGCGGUGUUGCGCAGUUAUUGGGACUUCUGUUGGCGCCGUUCGUGGGGGUGUUGACGGAUCAUUUGGGGCGGGAGUCUGUUACUUCGUUAUCUGCUGUCAUCGGCGCACUCGGCUGUGCUGUGUUUGCGCUCGUUGCGAACAGCAACAACACCCACCCAGGUCCCGAGGUGUGGGUAGGUGCGGGGUUGAUUGGGGUAGGGCUCAUUGGGGUGACUACGACGAGCUUGGGAUUGUGUACGCAUGCGAGGGAGGUUGAGGCGUAUAUGAGGGGUGCAGUGGCGGGGGUGUAUUCUCUAUCUGGUGGAUUAGCGAUCUUGAUAUUGACCAAAGUGGGCGGGGUACUCUUUGACCGCGUAGGGCCUGCUGCGCCGUUUUGGUUGAUGAGUGGGUUUAACGUUGUUGUUGCGGUGUUUGGAGUUGGGGUAAUGUAUUUGAAUCGGUGGGGGGCGCCGUUGGAAAGAAGUGAGCGUAGGAGUGAGGAGGCAGCAGUGGAUGAGGGCGUUGAAGGGGAAAGGAGGAGGUUGUUGGAUGGGGAUGAAGAGGAAGUGCCGGGGUGGUAG